AUUUAAAUGUCUCAGAAAGCCUGGAGACCCUUUGCUAAAAAUUUUGAGAGCACCAGAGUCACUCCAAAGAAGAAUAAGGACUAUGUAGAGAAUAAUGAGAGAAGAAAUGUUGUAAUCAGACUAAACUCCACUAAUAUAAAUGCGUCUGUUCCUGCUAAGAAUAUAAACCAGGAUCUUGUCCGCUGGCAUGAGAAGCUGAAGGAGAGAAUUAAAUAAGAACAAAAAGAUUUAUAAACAAAGAACAAAGAUGAGCAAAGAGAAGAGCAUAAAUCUUAUCAAGUCUUAUGGCGAUAAAAUUCAGAGAAAGAUCAAGAUUAUGCAGCAGAUUACCCAAAUACAUGACUUUAGUCCAGUCAAGAGAGUUAAGCCUAGGGGUGAGAGUCAGCUUGCUAAGAGCUUUAUGAGACAUCUGCCUACUAAUAGGUCAUUGAAAUAAAGAGAAAUCGCAGAAUCGAUCUGUCAGACCUAAAGUGAAAGUUUCAAAUGCUCCUAGUGAGAUAGUGGCUUCACUUUCUAACAAUAUUGACUUGACUCCCAAUGCUCCUGAGCAUAAGAACACUGAUGUAUCGUUUGACAUUAAGGAAGGGAAGUUGUUCAUAAAUGAACUGGAAUCUGGAGAUGAGGCUCAGCAAGCUAAGAAUCCCAAAGAAUCAUACUCAAAUUUUACUUCACCUCAUGUGAAUAAUUUGGAUAGCACUUUCACCCAAGGAAUGCGGAUGAGGUCUAGCAGCCACUUCAGGUUCCGAAGGAAACCCCCAAAGAAUAGGAAUUAUAUGAGAGAAGGACAGACUUCUUCCAGUUAUAAUGAUAUGAAUUUUGAUGCUCUCAAGGUCCUCAAAUCCAUUCGAAAGUUUAAUAGUUCAGCUCUUCUGGGAGACGAAGAGAACCACAGCCAGGAAAAGAAGGAAAUAGAACAUGAAAGUUUGAAUAUGACCAACAGGUGGAAAUUCAUCAAAGAAACUCCUUCAAACAGCACCUUAAUGAUGAAUAAAGAAACUGAUAGGCUACGUAAGAGGAACAGCUACCAGACACAACUACUAGAGAGCACCUUUGCAGCUCAAAACUUGGUUGAUUCCGGUUUGAUAGAUGACCUGAGUGAACUGAGACUACCUAAAUUAAUGAAAUCUCCCUUUAAAACGAAUGCGAUUGGAGUAAGGAACUCAGAAUCCAGGAUUUACAAAAUGACUGAAUUGGAGAAAAAUCAAAGAAAAAGUGGUGCUCAAGUUGACUACGGAGAAAAAAGAGCUGAUUUGGAUAAGGCAAUAGAAGACAUGAUUUUUAAAACAGAUCUGAAUAAGCUCAAUAAUACACUAAAGAAAGUGAUUGCAAGUGAUAAACGGAUCAAAAGGCCAGCAAUGACUAGGAAGGUAUCACCUAGGAAAAGAUUUGACUUACUUAAUUCCCCAAUAUAAUAUUCCAAGGCGAUUUUCAAUAA